AAUUUGGAGAUAAAAUAUUUUUAAUUUUUCUUGAUUUUUGUAAAUAAAACACACAAGUUAGCACUUACAUAUAAAGAACAAGGAUAAAUUUGAAUUCGCUUAUGAUAAGAUUAUUUUGUAGAAUACAAACAUUACCUAACAAUUUAUAAGGCAAACUCGGACGAGAUCAUAAUUUCAUUUGAAUUUUACUCCAAACAUAAUGGGUGACGAAGAUGUGAUUCGUAGAAGACUUCUGAUCGACGGUGACGGUACUGGAGACGACAGGAGACUGAAUGUACUUUUAAAAACUUUGAUAAAAUGGUGCAAUACAACGGAUGACAAACCGGAAGAAAGUAAAGCUACUCAUGAUCGUAUGUUAGCUCAACUGGCACAAUGCGAAUUUGCUGUCACAAAAUCGCAACUCGGUUCUGAAAUGAUGGCUGCUGAAUUAAAAAGCUACGAAGCACUCUCGAAAAUUCUAGAAAGCGGAAUAGAGGUGGCCAAAGAGAACAUACAGAAGAGCAAAACAGAUUUAGCACAAGCAAAGACUGUCAGAAAAAACAGAAUAGAAUAUGAUGUCUUGGCUAAGGUUAUCAGUGAACAGCCUGAUCGUAAGGAAACCUCUGAGAGAUUGAGCACUCUGAAGACUGAACUAGCAAACUUGGAAACCACCAAACAGCAAUUGGAAAGUCGGUUAGCAUUACGAAAGAAACAAUUUCAUGUGCUUGUAACUUCAAUACAUCAAUUACAAGCAUUAUUAGAUGAACUAGAUGAUGCAGAGACUAUUUGUGAUGAUGUUGAUAUGAAAGAAAUAUCAAAUGAAUCAUAAUAAUGAGUGAUGUAUUAGAGUAUAAGAUUAUUUCUCUAUGUGAGAUUUCUAAUAAAGUAUGAAUU